AGGAAAUGGCCACCGAGCCCCCGCGCUGUGCGACGAGCCGCGGCGAGGCUGAGCGCCUUCCGCGGGGCGUCCAGGGAGACGCGCUGCCGGGCUCUGCAGCGGCGACGGCGGUGGAAGAGGAAGAAGCGGGUGAAGGGACAGGGCGGCUCUUCAGCGGUUGCGUCCCGCUUUCUCAUCAGGUAGCCGGGCACAUGUACGGCAAGGAUAAGGGCGGCAUAUUGCAACAUCCUGAUGGCACAGUCUUGAAACAAUUGCAACCACCACCUCGAGGGCCUAGAGAACUAGAAUUCUAUAACAAGGUGUAUGCUGCAGGCUGUGAAGACCCUGUGUUUCUAGAGCUGCAAAAGUAUUUGCCAAAAUAUUAUGGAACCUGGUCACCACCUACUGCACCGAAUGACUUUUACCUGAAACUGGAAGAUGUGACGCACAGGUUUAAAAAGCCAUGUAUAAUGGAUGUAAAAAUAGGCCAGAAAAGCUACGAUCCAUAUGCCUCAGCUGAGAAGAUUAAGCAACAGGUCAGCAAGUACCCACUAAUGGAAGAGAUUGGGUUCUUGGUGCUUGGCAUGAGGGUUUAUCAAGUCAGUUCUGACACUUAUGAAACACAGAACCAGCACUAUGGAAGAGGCUUAACAAAAGAGACAAUAAAAGAUGGUAUGGCUCGGUUUUUCUCUAAUGGACACAACCUGAGAAAAGAUGUGGUUGCUGCCAGUAUUAAAAAAAUUAAAGAAAUCUUGCAGUGGUUUGAGAGCCAGAAGCAACUUAACUUUUAUGCAAGUUCCUUACUGUUUGUGUAUGAUGGCUCAUCUCAGAUGACGACAGCAACAUGGUUAAAUGAUGGCACUUUGGUCGAAAAGAGAAGAGUAUCCAAGGGGCAGGUGCCAGGUGUUAAUAGGUUGGAGUAUAACAACAAUAUUCAUGUAAUCAAUCCUACAGAAAAUGGUAAGGUAGAGACUUCAGUAGGUAAAAGCUUCUCUAAAAUGUAUGCACUUCACAAAAGGCACCAGAGUCAAAUUUCCCUAAAAGUUGAAUCUGUGGAACAAGACAACAUAUGGAAGAGCAGUGCUUGCCUUUCACAAGAACAUCUGAAUGGAAAUGUUAUACCUCAGCUGGAAAAGGUUUUCUGCCACAUGCCCACUACACUUCCAGAGAGUGUAGAGGUAGAGGUCCGGAUGAUAGAUUUUGCGCAUGUGUUCCCCAGCAACACGAGAGAUGAGGGCUACAUUCAUGGUCUGAAAAACUUAAUAACUGUCCUUCAAAAUAUUUUAGAUACCUAAAUUCUUUGCUAUAAUUUCUACUGGGGGCCAAUUAUAAUGAAAAGCAACAACAUUUCUGCACUUGUGAUCCUGUUAUAUGUCAGUUUGUAUUGUUCUAUAUUUUACUCGUCUUUGUACUUUUGGUAGAAUGAUCAAAUAUUUUAUAAUCUUACUCAGGAAAAUUAUUCUGUAGCUUAGUAAAUCAAGAGGGGGAAAACUAAUGAGGUGUAACUGGUAGUUGUAGAAACAUACAUCUAACAAGGUUUAGCUGAAAUCAGAAGAAAACUUGUAUCUGAUAAAACGAUUGAGCUUUAUUUGUACCCUUAGAUGUUUUAGCUUAAUCAGUCUGUCCAUGCAGCCAGAACACUGAGCCAUAUCUCUAAAUAACGGGUUAUUAGAAGAAUCCUUUAGUAUUGUCCUUAAGUGUUUACCACAUCUUUAAAACUGGAGGAAACCUAUUUCUAAGAGAUAAAUAUUUAAAAUCUGUAUUCUGACUGAACCAGCAUUUUUAGUGAGUUGUGAUCAUACUGCUGAAUUCUUAAAACUGGGUAGGAGCUUUCAUCUUUUCAUGCCUAAAACCUAAAAGUAUACUUUUACCAUGUAAAUGAUAUGUAGGUGCUACUGAAAUGUGUUUCAGAAACUAUGAAAUAUGAGAUAUCAGCCAUGUAAAGAACUGAAACAUGCUAAGUGGUAGGCUAGAAUUCUUGAGUUUAAGUGUCCCUAUUUUGUAUGUGAUGCAUAAGGUCUAGUUAACUUCAGAUAAUCAUUUUGGGUUGGCUUGGGAUAUUGUGGAGACUAGCAAAUUAGAUGCACGAGUCAGUCUGUAACAUCUGAAGCCACUCACUAAUAUAUAGUGGAGCUCUGGAAAUCUUUUUGGCAAUUCAUUCUAUAAUGAAUUUAUUUCCAUUGAUUCAGGUAUUCCUUGGUUAAGCUGAUAUCAAGAGGAUGCAGUUGGAGAUAAUGUAAAGAGCAUGAGAAAACCUCUUUUCAGUCUCUAAAGUUGCAUCCUUUUGAAAUCUUAACCACAGAAUGUCUGUCUGAUUAGAACUAUUUGCACAAUUAUUAUAUUGAACUGCCUACACCAAAGAGUGACCAUAAUGCUAUCAUAUUUUAGUGAGUGGCUCAGAAUUACUAAAUUUCAUAAGGCUAGAAUUAAUCCUGGACAAACGUUGGGCUGGCACAAGAAAGCUUGUCUUAAUUUUCUGCCAUUAUAUGCAUGUUCAUAAACACAGAGAAAAGGUAAUAAUGGGCAUGGACAAAGAGAAUGAGAGUGGCUACUUGCAGAGUUUAUGGAGUAACCAUCCACACCAACCCUCCUCACCAUGGGUGUGUUUGCAGAGCAUGGUGCUGAACUGGCCUCAGGCUUACAACUUUGGCAGCAAGAAAGUGUCAGGGGAGAACAACUGUUCUUGAGUUCAAACCUGUUUAAAAAAAAAAAAAAGCUUGAAGGCAACCUGUUUUCAUUUAGCCAAUAAACCAAUUGAGCAGGCAAAGGUAAUGGAAACACCAGGUCACAGUAGUGUUGCAAGGGUAUUCUGCUAAUACAUUUAAUGUUUCUUGCAUUUGUUUUCUAGACUGCUUAGAAUGGAAUCAUCUAGAAUUCUAGGUUUAAUUUCAACCUGCUGGUACUGAAUCCUUGUAUGGUAGCUUGCAUUGUACGCUAAUUCAACAAAAGGAGCUAUCAAAGAACAUUGUCAGAUCUACUGGUUUAGUAAGGUUCACUAAAAUUAUUGAUUUUAAUGAACUGGGAGCAAAACAAAAAUGUGGGAAGUAGAAAUAGAUAAUUUUAAUUUGUAUGUUAUAUUUCAAAAAUGUUCAUAUGGAAACAAAUGCUGUAUCGAUAAGCAGUUUCAAUAUGGGUUGCAAAGAGCCUUAACAAUAAUAAAAGCCAAUAUUAAAUAUUCAAAGUUUAGAUGAUACUAAUUUUAAGAGUGAUGAGGAAUACUCAGUGUUUUGAGCCAUAUUCUGAAAAAAGUUGUUUCACAAUUUUUUUGUCUUAACUUUCUUCCUUAUACAUAACUAACUCUGUAGGUCUGUUCCCACCGGCAGUUUUCUGUUAACACUGAAUUUAUAUAAAGUAUUCUAUACUAACAGAAAACUGCCUUUUAAAAAAGUGGGGGUGGGGAUGUCUAGUGUAGGCAUGUGGAAAUGUAAUUUUACUUCCCCCAGAGUCUGUAGGACAUUAAUCUGUAUGCUCCAUUGUGUUAGUAUUGUACAGUGAUUUGUUCUACUUAUAAUAUUUAAUGCAGCGAGAACGUUGUCAGAUCACUUUAUAGAAAAUAAUCCCAAUUUUCCGUUUUCGUACUUGCAGAGUUUGAGUUAAUCUUCCAUUUAGAAGAUAAUAUACUUUAAAGUGUGAAUUUGGGUGUAGCUAUAGGAGUAACCCACUUCAAUUUGAUUACAGAAACAGUAAAUUUAGAAUUAUUUUGCACACUUUGAUGUCCAAACCAUUAAAUUUUAAAACUAACCUUUUGUGAUUUUCACUGGAAAAGAGAAGUUCUAAAUUGAAUAGUAUAUUUCUUUACCUGAGUGCGCUCUCUGUUCCCACAGGCUGAUAUCUAGAUUAGUACUGUGCGUGCAUGGACUACAAAUGAGGCCUUUUUCAAUAAUCUCCCCCAUCCCUCUGAAGUCCACUGUGUCUGAAGAACCACAGGAUCCUGAGGUUGUGUGAACCAGGAUGUAUUUUUGGAAGGCACCAUGGGAAGAUUGGUGAAAAUUGUUUUGGAGUCCAUGCACAUGCAGUCAAUAGUGGCCAGUGCGCUGGGGGGUGGGCAGUGAGAGGUACCUUUAAACACAAAUUAAUAGGUGCUUACCUCUGCUCCGGCUGCAGCUGCAAACUACUCUGAGCAGCAGCACACUGCCCACGACCCCCUGCGGUGGCAGAUCAGCUCUGCCACUCACCUGGUUUCCAGGGAGCCCAUCUUCCACUAGUGGCCUUGUAAGUGGUGGAAUCGAUCCAGCACUGCAGGGAGUGCUGGGCAGCAUGCUGCUGCUCAGAGUAGUUUGUGUCUGCAGCUGCAGCCGGUGUGGAGGUAAGCACCUAUUAAGUUGUGCUUAAAGGUGCCUCUUCUCCCCCCACCCCCGCUGCCCAGCAGUGCCUGCACCUGCCGCUCCUGCAUGCAGUGUUAAUCUGGAUUUCAGCUACUGUUUAUAUGGGCUGAUCUUAUUUUAGCAUUUCUUGCUCAAAGGAAGUCCUCUAGAGCAAUAAUCUGGUAGCAUAAACUUGGAUGUAUAGCUGCAAAAGUGGUCCUUUAUAUUUCAGAGAUGAUUGGAUUCUGCAGCUUCUUGUUCUUGUUGAAGCUCUGUGGUGCAGAAGGAUAUCUGACACAGGCAAUAGGCCUGUGCAGCUGUUAGUUCCAAAUAGCCAAAGCUGAAUAAUAAGUAGAGCUCUGCUAGCACAGAACAGAGGUGAGUAUUUCCAACAUGCACCCCUGUGGGCCUGGCUAGAGCAUGGAGCCAUGCUGCAUUUCAGUAUUCUCUUGGAAGACAUGUGGGGAGCGCUGGAAAGUGGAGUCUUUUCUAGCACUUUCCUCACAGAACUCUGAGGGGGAAGUGCUAGCAAAGACUCCAUUUUCAAUGCUCUCCACAUACCUUCCAAGAAAGUACUGAAAUGCAGCAGGAUUCCGUGCUCUUUAGGGGGUCCUCAGAAUCAAUAGGGAGUCUGUAAGAGAGCCAGCUACAGAGGUGCAUCUUGGAAAUGCUUGCUUCCUCACUGUGCUAGCAGAGCUGUACUCAUUAUUCAGCUUUGGCUGUUUGGAACUAAUACAGUAAUUGCACAGGCCUAUCAGGCAAAAUCUUUCCUAUUCCCAAAGAAAGGGUAGCUUUGGGUAUGAUCUGCACACCUCACAUUGAAGUGGGUAUAGAAGAUCCCAUAUUAUGAGACCUUGGUGUAUGUAAUGGAGCAUCUGCAGAUUUUGGGAUUAGAGCCCCUGCUUAAAGUAAGGAGUAUUUAACUGUAUGUGUCUUAAACUGUGGUCAAAUUAGUAUGUCUCUCUUUGGAAGGAAAUAAUGUUAACCGCUGACUGAGGUAAUGAAGAUCACUCCACAGCCAGUCUGAGAAAUUGACAUUAAUUUUGACAAAUCAGCUUUUGCCAUAAUGGCAGGCUCUUAAAAUAUUGUUUUUAAUGCGUGUUUGAAAAUGCUCCUUUUAAAUUUGUUGUGUGGAAAGCUGUGUACAGUCUUAUCUGAUAAGAAUUUAAAUUGUAUAAUUUUUUAUAGCAAAACAUUUUCAUUCUUGGUAUUUUUGGAUAUUGGUGGUUCUUGUUGCAUAUUAUGAAAUGUUAACAUAUUUUAACUAACUAGUUUUGCAAAAAAACAAAAACAAAACCCCUAUGAAAUUGUGUAUAACACUGUUUCACAUGGAGGUUGUAUUUUCAAACAGAAAUUAUUUUUGCUCUAUUGUAAAGUGAAACUGUAUUUUAGCUUAUACAUACAUUACAUACCAUUCCAUGUGUGAUGCUUGCAUUUAAAGAAGGGUGGUUUUUCCCACAAUGUGUCUGUCAUAGCCGGAUCCUAUGCAUGUUUACCUGGAAACAGGUUUCCCUGAGUUCAGAGGAAACUUUGAGUUCAGACUUAUUCCCUGGAAAGUGCAUAAGAUUGUGACCUUAGUCUGCAAUAGCAGAACUUAAUCAGAGUUACUGAGCAAUGUGAGCGGUUUGUCGCUUACAAAUUGCUGCACAUAUUUUUGAGAGAGAGAUGUAUUUCAGUACCAAAUACUAAUUUAGAAAGAGAGAAAAGGGCACAACCACUAAAGUUUUUGUUGAGCCAGAGCAUUUUAAAUUAGUUUAUAUUAUAACACUUUUAAAGGACUGCAGCUAGUUCAAAUGAACAUCUUUCUACCCGUCCAUAUUAGCUAUUUUAAAUUAUUUAUUAUAGUUUACACUAUUUGCAAUAACCGUCUGCUGAGUGCCUUCUGCUUCAGGUCUGGUACCUUUUUAAAAUGACCUCGUGUAGCAUCUAAGAUGAUGUAAUAGAAUGUUUUAAGGAGAGCCUGAUUAUAUUGACGUCCCACUAUUGUUGGAGAGCACUGCUCCAAAAUUUUGUAUUGAUCCUAAAAGCAGUUCAUAUGGAAAAUUAUUGUUGGGCUACAUGUGCCCAAUUUUAUCAUUACAGUUAAUUACUGUGGUCACAAAUCCAUGGGUCAAUCUUACUCUGCAACUGAAAGACCCUUGGCCAAAUGUCUCCUAAGGGAUGCUGUCUGACCCUCCAGAUAUCAACCAAGAAGCCAGAAAGGGUGAGGAGAAGUGGCAUAUGCAGCAAAAGGACAUGGGAGGAGGACAUUUGAAAGAAUGGGAAUUGAGGCCUUGGCCUGUCUACCUGUUCGAGUAGCCUUCCCCCAGAACUAGUUGCUCACCAGAGAUGUACAGCCUUCAUUCAAAAACUGAGGAGCUGAAUCCAAGAUCACAUGCAACCUGUGUUUUGUUAGUGCUUGAACUGCUGAACAGAGGAGCAGUGGCUAAGAUCCUGUCUAUGUGGCUGUAGCCAGAGAAGUUGACUGAAUCAGUUCUUUAGGUUGUAUGAAACUAUAUGUGAAUCUUUAAGUGAGCUUUUUGUAGCAUAAAAUCUAGACAGCAAUUAAAAUAUUCAAGGGUUUGGCUUCGGGAGGCUAAGAUUGGCAGCAGUAAAAACAAACAUAAAUUCUUACCACUGAGAACAUGCUUGUUCACUUUGAAGUGUAAUUCUUGCAGAUCAUGUUCAUCAAGAAGCCUUGUACUCAACUUUGUGAUUUGCCUGUGUGGUACCUACUGCUCAUGUUGAUAUACCAUUGAAUUGAAGACAGAAUGGUGAACCAUUCAGCUGUGAAAUAUCCCAUUACAUAUCCACAAGCUAAAUACUGCACAUGUGUAAUUGUGGGUGACAGUUUUGUUAACCGAAGACUUAAUGCACAUUUAAACUUUCAUACUAUGAAUAUUUCUAUUAAUCUGCGGUUGAUAGCAAAUCAGAGAAGCUUUUAACAUAGUAAUAGAAAAUUAAUUUCUUCUGCUGUAGUUUGAGGGGUAACUCCCAUAUACUUAAUAUUUUGUUGGUGAUUAAUCUUUAUAUGAUACCCAGCAACAGGAAAGAAUGCAACCGUGGUACUGGGAACAAAUGUACAUUUACACAUUGUCUAAAUCAUUGUCUAAAUAUGCUUUAAAACAUGUAUAAUGUUGGCACUGGAUAAAAAAUAUCUCAACUGGUUGAACUGACUUUGAACUAAAAUGUCCAAAUAUGAUUAUAUUGCACACCUGAAUAUGAAUGAAACCAGAGUGCACAUAAGCACUUUAAUACUCUGGGAAUUGUACUGGAAGAUAUAUGGAAGCAUGUGAAUUGCACCUAAAGCUGUGUUAAUUGGUGGUUUGGGUUGCCGGGAGGGAGGGAGGGCAGAAUUCUACAACUUACAAUAUAUUGUAUCUGAAUGAAUGUAUUUCAUCUGGUCUCUUUCUCGGACUUGGUGGUCAGAAUUGUGUUGUGCACUGUCCUUUGGUUUUUGUUUGGUUGUAAAUGAUACUUGUGGGGAGGGCUUAUUGGACUGCAGAGGUAUAUUGGUUAUUUUAUAGUAAAUAUAUAUAUUAUGCUGUAUACCAAUUAUUUUGUAAUUUAUGUGAUAUUUAGGUAAUUCUAAUAGCUGUAUAUUGGCUCACUAUUAAAUUUUCUUUUAAGUUA